AUGAGGCAAAUAAAGUUUAUAAGUCAAUCAAAAGGACAAUUCCUUGACAGUCAAGAACAGAUUGUUUCUGAUUGGAUAUCACAUAUUGAAUCAUUUCUGUUUGAUGCAGAAGAAAGAUUAUUCAGCACUAAUUCUGGUCCAAUGACAGAAGUUGAAAAAUGGAAAAGAAAACAAAAGAUUUUGCUCAACAUUACACAACAACUGAAAAGUUUAAUGCGAACCUUGAAAAUGCAAGAUUCUUUGAGUAGACACUAUGGAAGAUCAGGCUUUUUGGGACUUCUUUUGAAAAAGAUUGCUAAUCAGCUGGUUUCAGUUGGAAAGAAUUAUUUACAGUCAUACACAACUGAAUUAUGGAAGUUAUCUUUGAAGCUUCCCCUCCCUAGAAAAGAAGAUCUGGAGUUGGAAGAUCAAAUACAUAUGGAAAAUAACAAUCCUCCAAGAAUUGUUAAACUGGAAACUUCUAAAAAUGAAGAACACAGUGAGAUUUCUGAUUUUGCACUCCAAGAUGGUGUCUCUGAAGGUCCAUUAAUGCCAAUUCUUGAAGAGAACAUUACAGAUGAUGAUGAAGAAAAUAUGUUAGAUAAUGAAACAUCAACUUUGCCAGAAGAACAUGAUACCAAAAAUUAUAUUUUAGUUCUGAGAAAAUACUUCAAGGAUGACAAUAAUUAUCCAUUUAUGUCCACUUUAUUUGGAAUUUUUCUGCAAAAAAUGGAAUAUAUUCUGCAAACAAUAUCUACAACUGAUAUGCUUCAUGUAGAAAUGGAGGAUGAAGAUAAAUUUUGUAGUUCUUUUAAAGAGUUUUCUUCCAUUACAUCUGAUGUAGAGAUAUUGAUAGAGAGUUACUUGAAAACACAGUUUAAAAGAGAUUUGCCUGUUUCACAAGCCCUUCAUAUACUCAGCAGGUAA